UCGGCAACCAUCGCGAUGCUCUCCUCCGCCGUCGCGCUCUCGCUCCCCAUCCCGCCCCUCCGCUUCGCCCCCAACCAUCCGUCUCUUCGCGCCCACCACUGCCACCUCCUCCUCACCCGCACGGCCAGCCGCCCGCUCCCCGCGCCUCGCCGCCGCCUCCUUCUCGCUCCGAGGGCCUCUCCCUCCGCCGCCGAGCCGGCGCGUGACGGCAGCAGCAAGGUGCCCGGGUAUCGGAACAGGUUCCUGGACCUGGCGCGGCUGGGGGCGGUGGCGGAGGGCGCGGCGGAGGCCUUCUUCCGCAGCGAGAUCCGCCGCCGGCUGGCCGUCACCGCCCUGCUCAUCGUGCUCAGCCGCGUCGGCUACUUCGUCCCGCUCCCGGGCUUCGACCGCCGCCUCAUCCCCGACUCCUAUCUCAGCUUCGCCCCGCUCCCCGCAGAUGACCUGGUUGAUUUCGCCUCUGAACUGAAGCUGUCGUUCUUCCAGCUGGGAAUCAGCCACCAGAUAUCAGCAUCUAUUGUGAUGCAGGUUCUUUGCCAUGUUCUUCCAUCACUUGAAAAGAUACGCAAGGAAGGAUUAGAUGGGCAUGAGAAGAUCAAAAGCUAUAUAUGGUGGCUGUCACUGGGUUUUGCAAUUGUGGCUGCUUGUACUGUGUCAUGCUAUUCGCUGCAGUAUUCCAUAUAUGCAGCAAGUUACAGGGUUAAGCAUGUCGUAUUAACAAGCUUUCUUCUUGUCCUCGGUGCAAUGUCAACGACAUGGAUCUGUGACACCAUAUCGGAAUCUGGAUUUGGGCAUGGCUCAUCUUUGAUUAUUUGUGUGGGAAUAUUGACUGGUUACACAAAUACACUACACAAGAUGCUAACUCAAUUUUCAGGAAAUGUGUACAUGUGUUGGCCCUACAUCUUGGGAAUAGCUGGAAUCUUUAUGAUGGUUACUAUGGGGGCAGUGCUGGUGACUGAAGGGUCUAGGAAGAUAAAACUUCAAUACUACGGAUUUAAAUUAGCUUCUGGUGCAAGGAAUGAAAACUCCCCAGUUACAGAGGUUGAGCCAUAUAUUCCCUUCAAUAUAAACCCAACAGGGAUGCAGCCUUUGCUUACAACCUCAUACCUUCUUGCUUUUCCAAGUAUUAUGGCCAGCAUUUUUGGUUCACCGUUUUGGGAGAACUUGAAGGAAAUUUUGAAUCCAAGGACUUUUGGUGGUAGUCCUUGGGUUUAUUAUUUGACCUAUGCGUUUUUUGUCUUCGUCUUCAACAUUUUUGACAUUGCCAACUUACCAAAAGAGAUAUCUGAUUACCUAAAUAAGAUGAGUGCCAGAGUACCAAAGAUAAAGCCUGGAAGAGCAACAGUAGAUUAUCUUACAAAGAUACAAACGUCGACACGUUUCUGGGGAGGUCUACUGCUGAGCUUGCUGGCAACUUCCUCAUUAUUACUUGACAGAUAUCUUAGACAAAUAAAUGAGGGGUUUUCCAUAGGGUUCACAUCAGUCUUGAUUAUUGUGGGCUCCAUUAUUGAACUGAGAAGGUCCUAUCAAGCAUAUAAUGUGAUGCCAGCACUAAGCAAAGUUUUGAAGAGAUAUGGUGCAUAAGGUUAUGUAAACAUGAUGGUGCCAUCCAGAAGUACCUCACAAGCUGCUGUCGGGUUUUGUUACAAUGAGAGGGAGUUGGUUGUGGAGCAUUCCCCAAGGACAUGAGUUCGGCUAAAGAACCAAUGAGGAUAUCCAGUUGUUUUUUACAGCAGAAUGUCCAGCCGUUCUUGAUACAGUGAGGAGGAAGGAGCUGCGCCAUUGUGCCUUUGGGUUUUGUUGCUGAUGGCUUUCUGUUUUGUGGACAAAAAAGAAGGAUACCAGUUCCAUCCUGUUGUAUAAAUUUCUUGCGGAUCAUAUUGCCAAACAGCUUACUGGAAGUUAGGUUGUAAUUGCCUGGAGGUGCUGUCAAAUCGAAUGACCUGUGGAAGGCGAACAUUGAUUGUUCCAACAUAUGAAGCUGACAAAGAAUGACUAGCACUUCAAUGUGCCAUAUGCGAUAAUUCACCUGUCUACUAUAGUGAGUAUGAACUUAGUGCUGAUGAAUUUGACAGAGAAAAUUCCUGUGGAGAAUCCUAUGAUAGAUGAAUGAAAAAACAUUUUAUACUAUUGCUGCUACUACUACUACUUUAAAUGAGGAUGCUUAUGAACUUA